AUGGACGAUGGUGACGGCGUCCAGUCUCUGGGUCAUCAGAGGCCAGGCGAUUCCCCAUACAACGCCAGGCUGAGGACCAACUCCCCCUUAUCGUCACAGCUCGACGCGAUGAAUGUCAGGAGAGACCAACACACCGAAUCAUCCAGACCGAUCAGUUUCGAAUAUAACAGCAGGAAGGACGAAGAACUUCGACCAUCGCUUCUUGGCAACUUCAAACCUCCUCACGAGCUACAGCUCUGUUUGAUACCGAGAAUGACGUCGUUCCUCAAGCUGUACCUUGCGUUUUCGCUGCUGUUUCUUCAUGUUGCGGCCCAAACACUCACUGUAAAGAGCGCGAGGGCAAACGGCUCUGGGUGUCCUCCAGGAACGGCCGUCGUUGACGUCGACAAUAAGAACCAGAAGAUCAAGGUCCGCGUCCAGAGAUUCAAGGCUGAAGCUGGCCCUGGGCUGCGGAUCUCGUCCAGUCGACGAAACUGCAGGGUGACUCUAGCUGUUGACGUCCCUGAAGGCUACUCCUUUGCUGCUGAGAAAACGGUCGCGAAAGCCUCCUAUUCAGCUCAGUCUGGCGUCACUUUGACGAGCUCCAGCCUCGCCUACUUCCAAGGUGAACUGGAGCAGGGCAAAGGAUCUACGACGGUCUCAGGGCCAACUAAGGGCGAAUCUACGCUUACCAACGAGGUCUCGCCUCGCGUUUGGAGUCCGUGUGGAAAGGAUGCGAUCCUCAAUCUAGGAACGGAUCUGCGGGUCAAUAAUGCGGGGAAUCGACAACGUUCAGGCUCUAUCUCGGUUGACGAUGUCUGGGAGGGAACGUUCGUCUGGCGCAAGUGCUAG